AUGCCUCUUCUACAGUCGCAACAUGAAGGGUUCACCUUCGCAUAUUUGUAUAGCUUUGCCAACAACAUUUUGCUAAAUCCCAUCUUCGCCAUAUCUGUUCUUAUUGGUAGCUUGGCUAUUUUGACCAACCAGCUAGUUUUCCCUUUCCUGACUAAUAAUUUCGACGUUGAGGCAUCCAAACUUUCACUGAGUUUUGCUUUUCUGUUUGGUAUUCUUUACAAAUCCAACCAACUCCUCAGUCGCUUGGCCCUGAAUAACUAUGUGCGAGAUCCUUCUUGGGACUGGACGCGGGAAAUCGUGCUUGUCACGGGAGGUAGUAGUGGGAUCGGGAAAGCGAUCGUGCGACAUUUUGCCGACAAAUCUAUCAAAGUUGUGAUUCUCGACCAGCAUCUCCCAGAGUUACCACCUUCCAUCGGGGCUACUUUUUACAAGGUCGACAUAACUUCAUCGAAGGAGAUUGGUGAAGCUGCUUUGAAAAUUCGCCGGGAAGUGGGCGAGCCAACGGUAUUAAUCAACAACGCCGGCAUUGGAUCCAGUUCCUCAAUUCUCGAGGAAUCGGAUGAGCAAACUAUGCGCGUUUUGGAGACCAACCUUCUGGCGCAUUUCAAACUCGUCAGAGAAUUCCUGCCCUACAUGAUUGAACACAACCAUGGGCAUGUUGUCACGGUUGCUAGUAUGGCGAGUUUUGCGUCUAUGGUCAAAAAUGCAAGCUAUGCUGCUUCCAAAGCGGGAGUGCAAGCUUUUCAUGAGAGCUUGGCACAGGAAGUUCAUUCUCUACAUCAUGCCAGCAGAGUUCGAACGUCGUGA